AAAAGUUGCGAUGAUUUUCGUUUUCUGUCGUGAUUGUCAUGGCAUGGCAGAGCUAGAGAACAAUGUCUUGUUUCGCAGCUCUCAACCAGUUUUGCACGCGUACUUCUUCUCUUCACGGUACCAGACGUUGCAUGUUAGGGGGGAGGAGUACUUUCCUGCCAGUUGCUACUUUUCUUCGAAACAAGGGCUAUUCAGUGAACCUUCCACAGAACAUAAAAUUCCAAUGGGAUUUUUCAAUUACCACCGAAAAUCGUUUAGUCAAGGAGCUGCCUUUCGGAGAGCUCUAUCACUGGCAGCAGAAAAACAACACAUCAGGGGAAGACUUCAUUCUGCAUGAUGGUCCCCCAUAUGCCAAUGGUUCUCCUCACAUGGGUCAUGCCUUCAACAAGGUUGUCAAAGACUUUGCGGCCAGGUACCAAAUGCUACGCGGCAAGCGUGUGCACUUCCGGCCGGGAUGGGAUUGCCACGGCAUGCCGAUCGAAGUUCAGGUAGCCCAAAAGAUAGAGAAGUCGGGGAGAUCGCUUCAGGACGUGUCACCUCUAGAAAUCCGCAAGUUGGCCCGUCAGCAUGCCCUGGACUUUGUCGAUAAGCAGCGCGACAUCAUGAAGAGGUGGACAAUCAUGGCGGAUUGGGAGAAUCCUUACCUGACUCUGUCUAAUGAUUACGUCGCCAACCAGCUCAGUGUCUUCUCCGCAUUUCAUGAGAAGGGUCUGGUGUAUCGUGCACUGAAGCCGGUUUACUGGUCGAUGUCAUCAAGAACAGCGCUUGCAGAAGCUGAGCUAGAGUACACGGACCUGAAGAGCCCGUCAAUCUACGUCAAGUUCCCCAUUGCAUCCUCUCCGAGUGUACCUGCAGAACUUCAGGAUGUCUCCCUGUUGAUCUGGACCACCACGCCGUGGACCUUACCAGCCAAUGAAGCCGUUUGCUACAAUACACAGCUUGAAUACUGUAUAGUGAGGGUAACGGCAGGUGCACACCAAGGUGAUCAGUACGCAGUCGUCUCUGAUCAGCUAGACGCCCUACGGAAGUGCCUUGACAUAGAGGUCGUAUGCCAGCUUGCAGCUGACAAACUGGCCGGUCUGCAAUGUCACCAUCCUAUUGACAGUGAUCGUACUGUGCCAGUCUUGGUCGGUGAUCAUGUGACCUCUUCCAGUGGCACUGGACUGGUACAUACUGCACCCAGUCAUGGACAUGAUGACUAUCUGGUCGGUCGUAAACACCAACUACCACUACCAUCUCUUGUUGAGGACAAUGGUUGCUACAUAGAAGAAUGUGGCUCAAGACUUGCUGGAAAGUUUGUGCUGACAAAGGGAAAUGCUGAGAUUCUAUGUAUGCUGGAUGAGAGGAGGAUACUGGUGUCCCAUCGAGAAUUCUCACAUCGCUAUCCCAUAGACUGGCGCACCAAGAAGCCGGUGAUCGUACGCCCCAUGAAGCAGUGGUUCAUCAAAACCAAGGACUUGGUGCAAGAGGCAUUGACAUGUUUGGAGAGUGUCAAGUUCAUCCCGGAUACAAGCGAUGCCGCUUUGAAGUCCAUGCUGAAGCUGAGGUCUGACUGGUGUAUAUCUCGUCAGCGCAGUUGGUGUGUUCCCAUUCCCGUCUUCUACGGUGCUGAGUCUGGUCGCCAUGCCGUCAAUAAAGAGAUUAUCGAGCAUGUGAGAUCGCUGGUGUUGGAGCAUGGCUCAGACAUUUGGUGGUCAGCCGACAUUGACCAGCUGCUUCCCAAGGAUCUGCGUGAAAAGUACUUUGAUGGCGAAGAGGUUGUUCGUGGAUAUGAUACCAUGGACGUUUGGUUUGACAGUGGCUGCUCUUGGAGCAAUGUCGUCCCCAGGGAUGAAUCUGGUCAACAUGCGGUUGCUGAUCUGUACUUGGAAGGACAGGAUCAGGCCAGGGGUUGGUUCCAGUCGUCUCUGCUCACUUCCACAGCACUGCGCCGGCAAGCACCGUACAAAACUCUCUUCAUGCAUGGAUUUGUCCUGGACAAAUCAGGCCAGAAGAUGUCCAAGUCGAAAGGCAAUAUCAUCGAUCCGGUCGAUGUUGUCCACGGCAUGAAGAAGGGCAAGGAGCCGGUUGCUGCCAUUGGCUCGGAUGCACUGCGCAUGUGGGCCACUCUGAGCACGUGUCAAUCGCCUCUGAUUGGUCAAGACGAGAUCAAUACGGCGAGUGAACGGCUAAGAUUCAUACGUAGGAGUGCUCGCUUCAUGCUGCAGCACCUGCAGGGCUAUGAUGUGAACACACAGCUAGUCGCUCAUGAUCGCUUGCUGCCUCUGGAUGCCUAUAUGCUGUACAAGCUACACGACUUCAUCUCCACGUUUACAGGGCACAUGGAUGACAUGUCAUAUUCCUAUGCCAGUUUUAGCCUGCACAAUUUGGUCAGGACCGACCUUCAAGGCUACUACUUUCACGUGCUCAAGGGCAGGCUGGUCUCCUCGCCCAAGCUGUCGCCGGAACGCUCGUCUGGUCUCACCGUGCUCUAUCACUAUCUCAGCGCUCUCCAUCGCCUCAUAGCUCCGUUUGUUCCUGUCACGGCGGAGGAAAUUGUGCACAGCUAUCCCGAGAUGACGGGUGUUGAGAAGCCAACUAGCGCGUUUCACCAUGGCUGGCCUCUUGUAGACCCUCAGUGGGCCGAGAAGACUGCUGCCAUCGAGACGAUGCAGCUUGCGUUGAGCGUUCUGGACUUGGUGCAUCAAGCGGCCAGCCACUGGGCCACUCAUGCCGGAGAUAAGCGCUGCGAUCUCUUCAUCAAAGUCGACAACAAGCGACUGCACGAUCGGCUACAAUUGCUGAACGGCUCCGAGGGCAGAAUGGCGCUGACACAGCUGGCUGAAAUUCUAAAGUGCAAUCGUGCGUUUGUAGAGCAUGUCUCUGACGUUGAUGGUGCACGCAAAUCACCCGCUGGCAUGGUGUCCUCUCCAGUCCAGCUCUUGCAUGUUGGUGAUGAUGCCGAGGCAAGUGGAAACGUCGCCGUGUGUUUUGCAGCGCCUUCCGGCCAGUACUGCGAUCGCUGCCGUGUCUUCGUGUCCACGGAGAAAGACCAGCUGUGCACGGUAUGUCAACAAGCUGAGAGUGAAGCAGCAACGCAUCAGAGAUAAGCUGAGCUAUGAUGCCGGAGAUUGAGACCCCCCCCCCGGGCGCUGAGGGCAAUACCGUACGCUGGCGCUGUGCCGUGUUGGUGCGCUGUAUCAUGUUCACUUGCCAUCACCAGCCUAUAAUGCAGCCAGUCAGUGCUGUGAGCAAGCCCUCGUCUUGUCUGUAGAUGCGGGCAGUGAGUAUAGGCUGUAUUGCCGCUUGCAUCCAUCAAAAAAACCUGUCCAGGCGCCGGUGGAUUUGUUUGCCGAGUGUUUGAGAGUCGCUCUCCUUCUACUGGGUAAACGUGU